AUGCCAUUUCCUCUUCCCUUCUACUCAGAUGAUGCCAGACCCACGGCCUCCAGCAGCGCCUCGUCUCGCAGCGCCAGCCGCAGGAAGAGGACCAGUUUCUCCAAAGAGCACGUGGAGCUCCUGCGGGUCACUUUCGAGACCGACCCAUACCCCGGCAUCAGCCUCAGAGAGAGCUUGUCUCAGACGACAGGCCUUCCAGAGUCCCGCAUCCAGGUGUGGUUUCAGAACAGGAGAGCUCGAACGCUGAAGUGCAAAGGGGUCAAGAAAGGCCUGUGGCAGACUGACAGUCCAAUUCAAAAUGCUCAAGCUCCACAUCAGAGUGGGCAAGUCUCUCUGGGGCGAGAGGGCCCCCCGCCGUGCUACUCCACACGGGUGAAAGAAGAGAUGGAGGAGUCCUGUUUUUAUGGACAGUGUCCUCCAAUGUACCCCACUAUUGAGGAGCAUCAACACUAUGGCUCUAUGUACGGUCUUCAUCAGAGCACACCGCUGGGCAGCGGCUCGAGCCCGCACCUGAGAGGCUACUGGUCCCAGUCAAGCGCCCUGACGGACGCCAUGACCCCGUUGUGGUCUCCUGCGGAGGGCCGCAGCUGCAGCUCAAGCACCCUCACCUUCAUGCGCCCAGAGCAACAGAACUACACGGCCCGCGCCGGCUCUCACUCCACCAACCCCGACACACCCGACUCGGGAUACUGGGAUGCCAGCCUCGAUAAAAGCCCCCCGGCAGAGAGUCACUACUCACAGCUGGAUGGUUCGUGGAGUGUUCUGGAAGGUUGCAGGGGGUCUGGAUUUCCAUCAGUGGUGCAGCAUGCCCCCUUGCCUGAGUUGUCCCUACAGGAGAUCCUGGGAGAGCUGGAUGAGGACUGGCUGGGCGGGGAAGGAUUGGACAGCCACGGUAAUCAUGAGAAAAUGGCUCUGUGCUGAGGACUCUCUCAGCGGACAUUUGAAAAGAAUCAGAAAUCAUAUAUAGUCGUUGGUUUUCUUCUGUUUUGUGUUGCUUCUGAGGUGUGUGCAUGGUAAAAAAACAAAAAAACAAAGUGUUACCAAUGGGAUCAGUAUUACCCAAAGCCUUUUUCACGUUGCAUGUUAUCACUGUUGUAUUUAUUGAUUGAGCCUCUAUUUAUUACCCGUAUUUAUGUUUUUCUGCACUUUUA